UUGUCCUCUGCCAAAUCACAAGUUGCUGGCUCUUGAGUCUUGUACUUCCUCGUCAAUCCGGAUCAGCUUCCCUGGCUACCCGCUUGGAGAAAGCCUCAAGAAUCCCGACAAGAUCUGGUAGUCCAUCUGAAGAUCCUUACGAACAACUGGCAAUCUGCGGGCAUUUGGGUCGUGUUCCGUUUCUCCACAUUCUCCGCAAACCACUGACCGCCCUUUCCAUAUCGAUAUCAAUAUCCAUAGCUAUUCCAGCCUCAUCCGUUAUCGAUAAUGUUUGAACUAUAUCUUGUCACCUUCAAUUGCGCUCGCAACCUGGUGGACCCCGAAUCCCUAGGACCGUCUCUAUUUAAUGCUCUUCCACCGACAGCAGCAUCUCUGCCUGAUGUCCUCGCCAUCUCCCUACAAGAAGUCAGCCCUAUCGCGUACUCGUUCCUCGGAGGAUCGUUUCUCUCACCGUACUUUGAUCAUGUGACACAAGCUGUAAACCUUGCGUCCGAGAUACGCAGUCACGGCCACGAACGACUCGAACAUGUCGCAACUCGCAGCUUAGGCAUGACUGCUCUGAUGAUCUACGCGAAGCCACAUAUGGCACAACGUAUUCAAUGGCUUCAAUCAGCUGGCGCAGGGGUUGGGUUCUGGAAUAUGGGCAAUAAGGGUGCAGUCGCCCUGCGUCUUGGUCUAUCUUGUCCUGGAUCUGACGACUUGUUGAAACUGACAUUUACGGCUGCUCAUCUUGCCCCUAUGGAAUGUAACAUUGAAGCACGGAACCGGGAUUGGUCCUCCAUCGUGCAAAACCUCGUUUUUGAAAACAACGAAUCGUCCGGAUACAGCUCCAGCGAGCAAGUGCCGUUACUAUCAUCUUCAUCAGAUCCCCCAGAAGAUAAUAAUGGUCUUUUCACUUCAGGGAACCACGUUUUCUUUGCUGGAGAUCUGAACUAUAGAACUCAUGACAAGCCUCCGGGGCCCGAUGCUUGGAAAAGCUACCCACAACCGACAAGCUCCAGAGACUCUGAUGAGCACUUCUCCCAUCUUUUGGGCAAAGACCAAUUAGCCCAGGAGAGGGAUUCAAACCGCACGCUUCACGGUCUGGAUGAACUUCCCAUUACCUUCCCGCCAACCUAUAAGCUUUCAUCUCAUAGCAGUGAACAGUUGGCUACUCACAAACGGUCUAAUUCUGAAGAGGAGGGUUAUUGGAAUUGGUCGAAACAUCGCUACCCAAGCUGGUGUGACCGAAUCCUCUACUCCAGGUCGAGAGCACUGAAGCCGCAAACGUAUACCGCACUACCAAUACAGCACACUUCGGACCACCGUCCCGUUGCAUUAUACGCGCGUGUCGAUGACAAGCCGCUGCAGGGACCAGAUGAUAUUCGGAGCAGCACUCCGUUCUCUAUCAAUCCUCACUGGAAGUCCAGGAGGGACACUGCUCGGAAAUUAGAGAUCAUCGUGGGUAGUUUGUCCUAUGUUGUUCUGACGCCACAGGGCAAUGCGAUUGUUGUCACCUUGGCCACCCUGGCAUUGGCAGGUUGGUGGUUGGCAGUCAGUCUAUCUAGGUGAUGUCUUAAUUGCUUACGCCACUACAGAGCAUGGUCGUAUUAAUAUUUUCGUGGGAUCGCACCUCGUAGUAAUAUUCUUUAAUGCAUCUAUGUCAACGUCUAAAGUACAUUUCUCCAAAGCUUGAGUUGUGAUUAUGUUUUCUGCGCAUAUCGCAGCUUCAGUUUACAAAAUUGACAUCUAACGAGCGUUUAAAAUUUAACACCUCUUCAAC